AUGGCGCUCUAUCCAGCCCAAGAAGGGGCCAAACUAAUUUUCGCCCCCGCCGGCGCCACCCAAGACCAAACCAUCGAAAUCCCCCUCGCCCCGGGUCAAGCAGCCCAAUUCCUCCGCACCGAGCACCUCGGCGGGCUCAAGCGCAGCGACCUCCAGCCACACGACCCCAUCGCCCAAUUUCACGCCUGGUUCGACGAGGCCUCAAAACCGGCAUCGGGCAUCCCGCACCCGGAGGCCUGCACGCUGGCCACGGCUCAGCUGCCGUCGGGCCGGGUGUCAGCGCGUAUGGUGUACUUGAAGGAGCUGGACACCAAGGGGUUUGUGAUUUAUAGUAAUUUUGGGACGAGUGGGAAGGCGAGGGAUUUGUUUGGCGGCAGCGGGGACGGGACGAGUACGGGAAACCCCUGGGCGUCGUUGGUGUUCUACUGGGAAUCGCUGGAGCGCCAGGUGCGCGUGGAGGGAAAGACGGAGCGGAUCCCCCCGGCCGAGAGCCAGGCGUACUUUGAUACGCGGGUGCGGGGCAGCCGGAUCGGGGCGUGGUCGAGCCGGCAGAGUGCGGUGCUGAAGCCGGAUCCGGCUGUUGAAGGGGAUGAUGGGCGGGCGAUGUUGGAGGGAUGGGUGAAGGAGACGGAGGAAAGGUUUGAGGGCAAGGAGCAGAUUCCGGUGCCCGAGUUUUGGGGCGGACUGAGAAUUGUGCCGGAGCGGGUGGAGUUUUGGCAGGGCCGGCAGAACCGGUUGCAUGAUCGGUUUGUGUAUGACCGGGUGAGGGGGGAGGAUGGGAGGGAGGAGUGGACGCUGGAGAGGGUGAGUCCAUAG